CUCUGGCUCCACCCCCUGGCACAGCGGUCGGAGCCAUUUCACCGCCUCCUCCACGCGGGUUGCGGUGUUCUCCGCAGUUUCUCUGUGGAAGGCCAGAGCUACGGACGGACGGUCGCGAGAGGGCUGUACUGUCAGGCACCGGGAAGCAGGGGCCGGGUCUGAAGAAAACUCGUGAAUCAUGGGUGACAUUAAAAAUUUUCUGUAUGCCUGGUGUGGCAAAAGGAAGAUGACUCCAGCCUAUGAAUUUAGAGCAGUAGGGAACAAAAACCGUCAGAAGUUCAUGUGUGAGGUUCGUGUAGAAGGGUUUAAUUAUACUGGCAUGGGCAAUUCUACUAAUAAAAAAGAUGCACAGAGCAAUGCUGCCAGAGACUUUGUUAACUAUUUGGUUCGAAUAAAUGAAGUAAAGAGUGAAGAAGUUCCAACUGUUGGGAUUGCACCUCCCCCACCUCCAGUUACUGAAGCUACUGACACUGCUACUACUGAUGCUGGAAAAAACAGUGAAAGUUUACCAACCACCAUGGGAGGACCUCUUCCACCACAUCUGGCUCUCAAGGCAGAAAAUGAUUCUGGAGCUGGAGCAUCUGGCUUUGGUGCUGCUUCUGGAUCCACCUGGGAACUGGGUACCGAUGUGAAGGACUUCUUCCCAAAAAAGGAGGACCCAGACGGAGAAGGCCGGGGAACCAAUAUGAAGGACUACUACUCAAGAAAGGAGGAACAAGAAGUAGAAGCGACUCUAGAAUCAGAAGAAGUGGAUUUAAAUGCUGGGCUUCAUGGAAACUGGACUUUAGAAAACGCUAAGGCUCGCCUGAACCAAUAUUUCCAAAAGGAAAAGAUCCAAGGGGAAUAUAAGUACACCCAAGUGGGUCCUGAUCACAACAGGAGCUUUAUUGCCGAAAUGACCAUUUAUAUCAAGCAACUGGGCAGAAGGAUUUUUGCACGUGAACAUGGAUCAAAUAAAAAGUUGGCAGCACAGUCCUGUGCUCUGUCACUUGUCAGACAGCUCUAUCAUCUUGAAGUAAUUGAAGCUUAUUCUGGACUUACAAAGAAGAAAGAAGGAGAGAGAGUGGAGCCUUACAGAGUUAACAUUUCUCCUGAUUUAGAGCAUCAGUUGAUAAAUGUGAUUCAAGAGCUAAAUCUUGAAAUUGUGCCUCCACCUAUUGAUCCUUCUAUGCCAGUUCUAUUCAACACUGGGAAACUGGCUCACUUUGAACCAUCUCAACGACAAAACCAAAUAGGUGUGGUUCCUUGGUCACCUCCACAAUCCAACUGGAAUCCUUGGACUAGUUGUAACAUUGAUGAGGGGCCCCUGGCUUAUGCUACUCCAGAACAAAUAAGUAUGGAUCUUAAGAAUGAAUUAAUGUGCCAGCUAGAACAUGAUCAAGAUUUGCAAGCAGUCUUACAGGAGAGAGAGUCUCUACCUGUGAAGAAAUUUGAAAGUGAAAUCCUGGAAGCAAUUAAUCAAAAUUCAGUUGUUAUUAUCCGAGGGGCUACUGGAUGUGGUAAAACCACACAGGUUCCACAGUUUAUCCUGGAUGACUUUAUCCAGAAUGAUCGAGCAGCAGAGUGUAAUAUUGUAGUAACUCAGCCUAGGAGGAUCAGUGCAGUCUCUGUGGCAGAGCGAGUUGCGUAUGAAAGAGGAGAGGAGCCUGGAAAAAGCUGUGGCUACAGUGUUCGAUUUGAGUCUAUACUUCCCCGUCCUCAUGCCAGCAUAAUGUUUUGUACUGUAGGUGUUCUAUUGAGAAAAUUAGAAGCAGGCAUUCGAGGAAUCAGUCAUGUAAUUGUUGAUGAAAUACACGAAAGAGACAUUAAUGGUCUCACUAUGCAAUUCAGACUGGCUUUAAACUCACUUUGUAGGCCAGGCUGGCCUCAAACUGGCACCAAUCUUUCCUCUACUUCCCGAGUGAUGGGAUUACAGACUGACUUUCUUUUGGUGGUCUUGCGUGAUGUGGUUCUGGCUUAUCCUGAAGUUCGCAUUGUACUUAUGUCUGCUACUAUUGACACCAGUAUGUUUUGUGAAUAUUUCUUCAAUUGCCCUAUCAUUGAAGUUUAUGGGAGAACUUUCCCAGUUCAAGAGUAUUUUUUGGAAGACUGUAUUCAGAUGACCCAGUUUGUUCCUCCACCAAAGGACAAGAAAAAGAAGGAUAAGGAAGAGGAUAGUGGUGAGGAUGAUGAUGCGAAUUGCAACUUGAUCUGUGGUGAUGAAUAUGGUCCAGAAACAAAGUUGAGCAUGUCUCAGUUGAAUGAAAAGGAAACUCCUUUUGAACUCAUUGAAGCUCUUCUUAAGUACAUUGAAACCCUUAAUGUUCCUGGAGCUGUGUUGGUUUUUUUGCCUGGCUGGAACUUGAUCUGUACUAUGCAGAAGCAUUUGGAAAUGAAUCCACAUUUUGGAAGCCAUAGGUAUCAGAUUCUACCUCUGCAUUCUCAGAUUCCACGAGAAGAACAGCGCAAAGUGUUUGAUCCAGUACCAGUUGGAGUAACCAAGGUUAUUUUGUCCACAAAUAUUGCUGAAACGAGCAUUACCAUAAAUGAUGUUGUUUAUGUCAUUGACUCUUGCAAACAAAAAGUGAAACUAUUUACGGCUCACAACAACAUGACCAACUAUGCUACAGUCUGGGCAUCCAAAACAAACCUUGAACAGCGUAAAGGCCGAGCUGGUCGUGUGCGGCCUGGAUUUUGCUUUCACCUCUGUAGCCGAGCCCGUUUUGAGAGACUCGAAACCCAUAUGACACCAGAGAUGUUUCGAACACCAUUGCAUGAAAUUGCUUUGAGCAUAAAACUUCUGCGUCUGGGAGGAAUUGGCCAGUUCUUGGCCAAAGCAAUUGAACCUCCACCUUUGGAUGCUGUGAUUGAAGCAGAGCAUACUCUUAGAGAGCUUGAUGCAUUAGAUAUCAAUGAUGAAUUGACUCCUCUAGGACGAAUCCUGGCUAAACUCCCCAUUGAGCCCCGUUUUGGAAAAAUGAUGAUAAUGGGAUGUAUUUUCUAUGUGGGAGAUGCUGUCUGUACCAUUGCUGCUGCUACCUGCUUUCCAGAGCCUUUCAUCAGUGAAGGGAAGAGACUGGGCUAUAUCCAUCGAAAUUUUGCAGGAAACAGAUUUUCUGACCAUGUGGCACUUUUGUCAGUAUUUCAAGCCUGGGAUGAUGCUAGAAUGGGUGGAGAAGAAGCAGAGAUACGUUUUUGUGAACACAAAAGACUCAAUAUGGCUACAUUAAGAAUGACUUGGGAGGCCAAAGUUCAACUUAAAGAAAUUUUGCUUAAUUCUGGUUUUCCAGAAGAGUGUUUGUUGACACAAGUGUUUACUAACACUGGACCAGAUAAUAAUUUGGAUGUUGUUAUCUCUCUCCUGGCUUUUGGUGUAUACCCCAAUGUGUGCUAUCAUAAGGAAAAGAGAAAAAUUCUUACCACUGAAGGGCGUAACGCACUUAUCCAUAAGUCAUCUGUUAAUUGUCCAUUUAGCAGCCAAGACAUGAAGUACCCUUCUCCCUUCUUUGUAUUUGGUGAAAAGAUUCGAACCCGAGCCAUCUCUGCUAAAGGCAUGACCUUAGUUACUCCCUUGCAGUUGCUUCUGUUUGCCUCCAAGAAAGUCCAGUCUGAUGGACAGAUUGUGUUUGUAGAUGACUGGAUCAGACUGCAAAUUUCUCAUGCUGCAGCUGCCUGUAUUACUGCCCUCCGGGCAGCCAUGGAAGCUCUGGUUGUUGAAGUAACCAAACAACCUAACAUCAUCAGUCAAUUGGACCCUGUAAAUGAACAUAUGUUGAACAUGAUCCGACAAAUCUCUCGGCCCUCAGCAGCUGGUAUAAGCCUUAUGAUUGGUGCUGCACGGUAUGGAGAUGGUCCACGUCCUCCCAAGAUGGCUCGAUAUGAUAAUGGAAGUGGAUAUAGAAGGGGUUCUGGAUAUGGUGGUGGAGGCUAUGGCACUGGAGGCUAUGGUGGUGGUGGUGGAGGUUAUGGUAGUGGAGGAUAUGGCGGUGGAGGAUAUGGCGGUGGAGGAUAUGGAGGGGGCUCCAAUUCCUAUCGAAGAGGAUAUGGUGGAGGCUAUAGAGGUUUCCGGGGGGGUUAUAGAGGCAACUUUGGUGGAGACUACAGGGGAUCUAGUGGAGACUACAGGGGACCUAGUGGAGGAGACUUCCGAGGACCCAAUGGAGGAGACUUCCGGGGACCCAAUGGGGGAGACUUCCGGGGACCCAAUGGGGGAGACUUCCGAGGACCCAAUGGGGGAGACUUCCGAGGACCCAAUGGGGGAGACUUCCGUGGACCCAAUGGGGGAGACUUCAGAGGACCCGGUGGGGGAGACUUCAGAGGACCCGGUGGGGGAGACUACAGAGGACCCGGUGGGGGAGACUACAGAGGACCUGGUGGGGGAGACUAUAGAGGACCCGGUGGGGGAGACUACAGAGGUCCUGGUGGGGGAGACUACAGAGGACCCGGUGGGGGAGACUACAGAGGACCCGGUGGGGGAGAUUUCAGAGGACAUGGUGGAGGAGGCUACAGAGGGUCUGGGGGAUUCCAGCGAGGAGGUGGCAGAGGAGGCUUUGGAGGCGGCUAUUUUGGACAAGGAAGAGGAGGUGGUGGCUAUUAAAACUUUACAUGUCAGUGCCGAUGCAUAGACAAUUUAAAAAAUACAAAGCAUGCUAUGUGUUUUUCCCCAAAAUGUUUAUUUGCUCCCCCCAAAUAAACCCAUUUUCUUUUA